AUGCUCUCCGCCGCUACGCAGUCGCUGUCAAGGACGGCGCGACGAUGCAAGACGUGUGUGAGCUUUCUCGCCCCGCCGACCGCGACUGAUGCGAUCGACAUCCUCUACGCCGAGUCGGAGGACAUCCUGCUCAACCUCGCGACCGAGGAGUACCUCUUUGAGCACGUCGACAUCCGCAACCCGCUGCUGCUGCUCUGGCGCAACAGGCCGUGCAUCAUCAUAGGCAAGCACCAGAAUCCGUGGAAGGAGUGCCGCGUCCAGCUGCUGGAACAGGACGGUGUCACGCUCGCGAGACGCCCGACGGGCGGCGACUCGGGCUUCUCCUUCAUCAACCCGCACGCCUCCGUCGAGGACCAGCGCGACUACAAGACGAUGAACAACGGCGUGCUGCUCGAGGCGCUGGCGCGCUUCGGCCUCGGAGCAGAGAUGAGCGGCCGCAACGACCUCACUGUCGAUGGGCGCAAGGUCUCUGGCUCGGCGUACAAGCUGCGCCUUGGCAGCGCCGGCGGAGCGGGCAGGCGAGCCGACGCCGAGACUCAGCCUCCGCCUCAAUCCGAGCCCAAGACCCCGCCUCUGCAUCGCACGAUGCUGCUCGACGUUGACCUCGCGGCGCUCGGGCGGUACCUCACCGUCAACAAGUUGAAGAUGCAGUCCAAGGGCGUGGCGUCGGUCGCGGCGCGCGUCCUCAACUUGCGAGAGCGCGUGCCGUCGAUCUCACACGAUGCCUUCUGCGACGCGGCGGCGGCCGCCUUCGAAGCCAAGCGGACGCUCUCCGUGAGCGAGCUGGAUCGGAUCCCGCAGCUGAUGCAGAUCUACGAGCGGUGA